UGGCAAUGAACCAGCCUACAAAACGCCUCCAACAGGACGUACUAACUCGCUGGAAUAGCACGUUCUACAUGAUUCAGUCCUUGAUUGAACAAAAACGGGCAUUGGGGAUUUACACAUCCGAAAACGACACAGACAACCUCAGCGCAAACCAGUGGACACUGCUGGAGAAAACAGCUACAGUUCUACCGGUAGGUCCGUUUGAGGAGUUGACACGCAGAGUAAGCUCAUCCGAUGCAACAGUGAGAGAUGUAAUUCCUGCCAUCACAGUGCUGCAGCGAUUCCUGUCUAGAGAGACGGACGAGGACCAUGGAAUCAAAACAAUGAAGGCGACCUUGGCUGCUGCUGUCAAGACGAGAUUCGCUGAAAUUGAAGGAAACCCUCUCUACAUCAUUGCAACCUUACUUGACCCGAGGUACAAAACUGGAUUUUUCUCCAGAACCAACGCUUCCACAAUGGCCAAGGAUAUGCUGCUACUUGAGUUGCAGAAAAUUACGGAGGAGGGCGCGCAACAUGUACAGGAGCCACCCACCAAAACAGCACGCACAGACCAGACCAGCAGCAGCUGUCUUGACCGUAUCUUCAAUGAAAUUGCAAACGAGCAGGCAGCAGUAGCACUCACCCCAGGCACUGUAUGCUGUACUGCGCAAUUAGAGACAUACCUUGGGGAGCCUCCUUUGGCUCGUGAGGACGAUCCACUACAAUGGAAGGUUAACAAAGUUAGGUUCCCUACUUUGGCCAAAAUGGCUUGCAGAUACCUCUCAGCACCUUGCAGUAGUGUUGAAAGCGAGCGGCUGUUUAGCUCAGCAGCAAACAUUGUGAAUGAAAGUAGAAACAGGCUGACACCUGAACAUGCAGAGAUGAUUUUGUUCCUUAAAAAAAUCUGCCUCUUACGUUCUAAAAAAAAAAAAGCAUGGGGCAUAGUUCAGUGUGAGUUGAAAAGUUAUUUCACAGCAAUCCCUGGUAAUUAACAUUUGUUUAAUUUAAAUAUGGGCAUGUAAUUUACUUUUUGUUUAAUUGACACAAGCCCUUUAGACAUGUCAGAAUGUUCAAAAAAGUGCCUCUUAAAGAAAAAGCACAGGCCUGUGUCAGAGGCUGCAACAUGUGUGCUGUUAGUCUUUUGUUUAAUUAAGAUAGCAAUAGAUACCAUUAAAGUGAUUCCCUAUUUGUUCAAAGCUGGAUAAAGUGUUCAGUUGAUACUCACUGUUUGGUAAGUGCUAACU